AUGUACACCCUAACUGUACAGAUAAUUGUAAGAAACAACAUCCAGCCUGAAUGUGACCCCAUCACAGAGUGGAAGAAGAACGAAAGCGAUUGCCUCAGAGAGAUCCAGCAGCACCGGAAUGAAACAGCAGGUUGCAAGAGAAUAUGGGACCAAUUACUCUGCUGGCCAGAUGCAAACCUGGGACAAACUCUCACCUUUGACUGCCCAGGUGUCAUUGUCCACUUCACGAAGAAGAGAGGUUGGGUGAAAAGAAGCUGUACAGCGCAAGGCUGGACAGACCCAUCUCCGCCAUAUUCUGUCGCUUGUCCAAUGGAAGAGGAGCUCAUCCGUGAUGGAGAGAUUGAAAUGGAGCAAUUCUACAUGGCAACGGUGAAAACCAUCUACACCAUUGGCUACAGCGUCUCCACCGCCUCUCUUGCCAUUGCUGUCGUGGUCCUCGUUGCAUUCAGGAGGCUCCGUUGCCCCAGAAAUUAUAUCCAUGUCCAUCUCUUUCUGACCUUUAUCCUGAAGGCCAUUGCGAUUUUCGUCAAGGACUUGGUGGUUUUUCAAACGGAAGGCACAGAUUACUGCAGCUUUUCCACGACCCAGUGCAAGAUCUCCGUGGUGUUCUCCCACUAUUUCAUGAUGACCAAUUUCAUGUGGCUUCUAGUGGAAGCUCUUUACUUAAACUGCCUACUGCUCUCAUCCUUUCCCCACGGAAGAAGAUAUUUCUGGUGGCUUAUUCUGUUUGGCUGGGGUGUGCCAACAUUUUUUACUACCGUUUGGAUCUUGGUUAAGGUACAUUUUGAAGACACUGCUUGCUGGGACAUAAACGAAGGCUCUCCUUACUGGUGGCUGAUCAAAGGCCCAAUCAUCUUUUCUGUUGCGGUCAACUUUGUUCUUUUUAUCAACAUCAUCAGAAUCUUGCUGAAAAAAUUAGAUCCGAGACAGAUGAACUUCAACCACUUAUCUCAAUACAGGCGCCUCUCCAAAUCCACCCUCCUUCUCAUCCCUCUGUUUGGAACGCAUUACAUCAUCUUCAACUUUCUUCCGGAAGGAGAACAUGCCCACGUGGGAAUCCGUCUCUACUUAGAGCUCUGCAUUGGAUCAUUCCAGGGGUUCCUUGUAGCCAUUCUGUACUGUUUCCUAAAUAAAGAGGUGCAAGCAGAAAUUUGCCGGAAAUGGCACGGCAACACUUAUGGAUUGAUGCCUGUCUGGAGGAAGAGGACAAGAUGGACCAUGCCAUCCAGCUCUGGGAUCAAAAUGUCAACCUCUGUGUGUGAAGGACAACCAAUCGGAUGA